AUGAAGAAAAAAAAAAGAAACGUAUCUCCAAUUGAACAGAAAGAAUCCCAUCGAGUAACAAGUAGAUCUUCAAGAACUAGACAAGAUAAAAGAAAUGAUAGAUUAUAUAAUAAGACCCAAUUAAUUAAGAAAAUUGAAGAACAUGUGAGAUAUUUCUGUAAUCAAAAAUGUAAUGUACCAAAGAAGACAGAUUUAUUUACAAAAAUUAAAUUCAAUAAUUUUAAUAGUAAACAAAAAAAGAGUGAUAACAAAAUUAAAAGACUACGCAAAGAAGUUAAAUAUCUUAGAGAAGAACUUAAUUAUGUUAAAAAUGAACUUCGAUGCCUAGAACAAGAAAACAUAGAUUUGAAUUCCCAAAGCUUACAGGAAGUUGCUAAAGAUGAAACGAUGAGAAAAGAAAUUGAACUAAAGAAUAAAAAUAUUGAUGAAUUAAUUAAUCAAGUCACGAAAUUAAACUUGAAUAAAGAAAAAAAGAUUAAUAUGAUCGAAAACUUAAAUGCUUAA